AUGAUAUUUGAUUCCAUAGGAACUGAUGAGAACACCAAGAGAAGAUGGCCAAGUGCAGAGUCCUGUGCUAUACCCCCAGUUAGUGAUCAUGUCAUGGAUGAUGAUGCAGCAAAAGAUCUAAGAAAAAGCAUCCAGAUAAGAAACCUUUCAGAGCUUUCCCAGACUCAUUGCCUGCACCUGCCCACCAGGAGAGCCAGGCAGCUGGGUCUCUCCCUUGCAGAAGCUGUUCCUGCUAACUCUUUCUGCUGCUGCUGCUGCUGCUGCUACUGCCCAUCAUGGCGACGGCGGCGGUGGCGGCAGCAUUGCUGCUGCUGGGGCUCCGGGCUCCGAGCAGCGGCUGCUGAGAGGAAGGUGGCAGAGGCGGAGGCGAUAGGGGCCGCAUCUGCAGUAUCAAGCGACAGACCCUGCGACGCUGAUGGGAAAGAUGCUGUUUCCGGGGCUGGAGCGUCGGGGACGGACCAGGAGCCGGGCCGGGAUUUGGAAACAGCGAUUUGUUUUCAGGAGCCGGCGCGGGCGCCGCUGAAGCAGUCGAGGGAGGGAGGGGAGAGCAGAAAGGAGGGAGCGCCCGCGGACCGACGGACCGGCACACAGCCUGACCGACAGGCCCGGGGAGCCGGGAUCCAACACCUGCCGGCUCCGGCCGCAGAGACCUCGCCGCAGCUGCCGCCUCCACUUCCGCCGCCUCGGCCACUGCUCCUGCUGCUGCUGUUGCUGCCGGGCGCCUGGACCGCGCCACUUCCGCAAACAGGUGCAGGGGAAGCAGCUGCUGCAGAAGUGUCCUUACUUUUUGUGGUUCUGUCUGUAUGCAGUUUACUGACAUUGAUAGUGCUGAUUGUCAACUGUGUAUCCUGCUGUAAAGAUCGAGAAAUAGACUUUAAGGAAUUUGAAGAUAAUUUUGAUGAUGAAAUAGAUUUUACACCACCAGCGGAAGAUACCCCCUCUCUUCAGUCUCCUGCAGAAGUUUUUACACUUUCAGUUCCAAAUAUUUCCUUACCAGUUUCAUCCCAGUUUCAUCCUUCUUCAGAGGGAUUGAAGUCUCAAGUUGCACGCCAGAGUCUAAACUACAUCCAGGAAAUUGGAAAUGGCUGGUUUGGAAAGUGUAAACCAUCGAGAAACCUUGCAAUGAUGUUGGAAUGGAGAGAUUUUGAUGUGUCACUGGGUGUAACACUUUGGGAACUCUUUGACCAUGGUGCUCAGCCUUAUGCACACCUUUCUGAUGUCGAAGUUCUCCAGCAGGUCAUAAAAGAGAGGGACACAAAGCUCCCUAAACCACAGCUGGAGCAGCCCUAUUCAGAAAGAUGGUAUGAAGUCUUGCAGUUCUGCUGGUUACCACCAGACAAGAGACCAACAGCAGAAGAAGUACAUAGACUACUAACUUAUCUUCGUAUGCAAAGCCAAAGGGACUCUGAAAUUGACUUUGAGCAGCAAUGGAAUGCUCUUAAACCAAAUACCAAUAACAGAGAGACUUCAAAUAAUGCUGCAUUCCCAAUACUUGACCAUUUUACCAGGGAUAGGCUUGGUCGUGAAAUGGAAGAAGUCCUCACAGUAACUGAAACAAGUCAGGGACUUAGUUUUGAGUAUGUCUGGGAGGCAGCUAAACACGAUCACUUUGAUGAACGCAGUCAGGUCAAUCCUGAUGAGGCCAUGUCAUAUACAAGCAUCUUUUUCCCAGUUGAUGUUUUUGAAAGUUCACUUUCAGAUCCUGGACCAGGAAAGCAAGAUGAAAGUGGCCAAGACAUGUCACUCAGGGCACCAGGGGUAGUCCCUGUUUUUGAUGCCCACAACCUUUCUGUUGGAAGUGAUUAUUACAUCCAGUUAGAAGAAAAAAGUGGUGGUAGCUUGGAUCUUGAUAACCAAUCGGCAGUCCUUACUACAGAAGUAGAUAAUCCUGAAACUCUAACUGACCACAGUUCCCAAUUUGUGGCACUCAGGGAUCUUGAUGAUGGGGAAUCAAAUACAGAUGGAGAUUUUUUCCACUACACUGGAGACCCUCAAGAUAUUGGUAUACCUGAAGAUUCACAUAUUGUCAGUGUCCCUGAAAGCCCUUUCAGUAAUAUAUUUAAUGAGCUUGACAAAUCAGAGGAUUUGCACAAUCAUCAAAAAAUAUUUGACCUAACAGAACUAAAUGGCAUUCAUGCUGAAUUUAAACCAGCUACUUUGAGCCCAACCUUAGAUGUGCCUAAAGAGACUCUAGUAACUGGCCAUCUAGAGAAAAAGAAUGUCCAUAAUAUUUUUGAUCAUGAUGCUAUUUGCUUAUCUGAAAGUCUUGUCCAUCAGAAUGAUUUUGACCCACUGAAUGUUCAAGAACUGUCAGAAAACUUCUUGUUUCUUCAAGAGAAAAACUUAAUAAAAGACACAUUGUCUAGGAAAGAACAUGCAAGUGAUCUCCAAACUGAAUUAGAAAAAGCAGGUUUUACAGGGAAUAUGUUAGAAACUUCACACAGAAAUUCUUUAGACAUUGAGCUUAACUUCAUUGAAAAUAAACCAACCUCAUCUUUGUUACAGGAUAGUGCAAAAGUUGAAAGCAAAGAAGAGUGCAUAAUGCCUGUAAGGGAAAAUUUGAGUAUCUCAUUGCAGUCUUCUCCAGAGCUGCAAAUAAAUUCCAACUCACCCAAAACAGAAGAAAAGACUUGUGCUGUGUAUCCAGAGUCUAAUCUGUUUCAAGAAGAAGCCAAAACCCCAUGUUUAAAUGUUGUUACCUGUGAUGAUAGCCCCAAGCAAGAAAUAAAUCCAAACACUAAGACUGCCUUGGUUGAAGUACUAUCCAGUGAUGCCAUAACACAGAAUAUUGAAGGUGAAUCAAAUGACAUUUCCCCCAAAAGCAAAGAGUCCACAGAUAUCACUAAAAGCAAAACACUUCAUUUUGAUGAAGAAACUGAUUGUAGCAUGGGUAUGGAGAUCUGUCUUCCAAAAGAAGGGAACCAGGACUUGGAAAACAAGUCACCUUUAAGAGACCAUAAUGAUAGAAAUUUGCUAGAGAAAGAACAUGAAACUCUAGGAAUUUCAAAUCAGCUUACUUAUAAAGAAGCACCAAAAGAAGUAGGCUUGAUAUCUGCUCUUUCUUCUGAUUCCACAAGCCAAGACAGUCUCUUGGAAGACAGCCUCUCAACACCCAUACAGACAUCUGAGCAAUCUGUAGAAACACCAGACUCUUUGGAUUCCUUAGAUGUCCAUGGGGUUUUAGAUUCUUUAGGUACUCAGAGUCCUCAGAAACUUGUGCCCCCUGAUAAACCUGCUGACAGUGGUUAUGAAACAGAGAAUCUGGAAUCUCCAGAAUGGACUUCCCAUCCCACUGUCGAUGAUGCUUCAAAUACAGGUGCCACAUCAAUUGAUAAUGGCACUCUUACUACUGCUUUGCCUCCCAAUCCAGUUAUCGUAAUUUCAGAUGAAACAGACAGCAGCAAAGAUUUUGACUUGACCUCAAAGACUUUAGUAGGCAGUAUUCAAAACUCUUAUAGAGACUCUGCCUAUUUUUCAGAUAAUGAUUCUGAGACCGAUAAGAAAAGCGAGGAUGUCACAGGAACAUCAGCAGCAUUGGCCUUGUUUACAAAAGAUCAACCCCAAAGGGGUUUAUCCAAUACUGAACAACAGAGUUUCGAUGCCAAGCAAGGUUGUCACAAAGAGAAAGUUAACCAAAGCCCACUAUCUGGUUCGCAAAACACCAAUGAACCAGAGUUACAAGGCAUAUUGGACCCAGAACAGACCGGCACUCCAAGACAGGUUGGUGCAGCUGAACUGGAGGCUGAAAAUCCUUUGACUCUCAUCACAAGUUCUGAGUGUAGCUAUAGCGAAGAAUUUGACAUUCUAGAUGAUCACUGUUGCAAUCGCACUUCUACUGGCACCAAUACUGAUGAGUUACUUGCCUACACAAAUGCUACCUUUGGUUCUGGAAGCCCUUCAGCAAUGGCAGGGGCCUCCUUUUCAACAGACUUGAUGGGAGAUAAAGCUUUGUCCUGCUAUUCUGAGGGUCCUAAAUUGAAGGAGCCAGAUAUUGAAGGAAAAUACCUGGGGAAACUUGGUGUUUCGGGAAUGAUUGAUAUUUCAGAAGAUGGAAUAGAUGCAGAUGAAGAAGAUGAGAAUAGUGAUGAUUCUGAUGAUGACCUGAGAGCUUUCCAUCUUCAUAGUCUCAGUUCCGAAUCAGAGGAUGAAACAGUACAUCCAGUGCCAGUGAUACUGAGUGAUAAUGAUAAUGGAAAACACUUAAGGAGUUUGCUGAAACUGCCUACAUCUGUUGGAAGUGACAAGCCACCUGAUAACUGGAGAAAAGAUAAGAAGGCAGUAACAUUCUUUGAUGAUGUCACAGUCUAUCUUUUUGAUCAGGAAACACCAACCAAAGAGCUAGGACACCGUGGAGCAGAAGCAAAUAAUCCAGAAUCUAAUAGCCCAACACCAUUAUUAGGUCCAAAUUUCUUGAGCAGAUUUACAAACUCAGAAAGUUCAACUGAUGAAGAAGGUGGAGGUUUUGAAUGGGAUGAUGACUUCUCUCAAGAGUCUUUUAUGUCAAAAACAGCAGAUAACCUUGGUUCCAAGCCCUCUCUUCAAACAUCAAAGUACUUUUCUCCACCACCACCAUCUAGAAGUAUUGAACAAAGUUGGUCACAUGCAUCGCCUUAUUCCAGGUUUUCUAUCUCUCCUGCCAACAUUGCAAGUUUUUCUCUUACACAUCUUACAGAUUCAGAUAUUGAACAAGGAGGAAGCAGUGAAGAUGGAGAAAAAGAUUAAGUGGGUAAAAGACUUUUUGUAUCAGAAACUGCUCAUACAAGACAGCAUGCCCACACUGAUGGCCUACACGGUGUAAAUACUGAUAAACACGGUUGUGUUCAGAGCCACUGUAGGCUUCUGCCCGGAGUAGGAAGAAGAGAAUCAAGAAACACAGAAAAGAAAUGUUAAAUCAGGACUUUUGAUGUGUAUUUGUAAUGUGUGUUUUUAAUCAGUGCAAUUUGCUUUUCAUUUGGAAGAGAUGAAUCUACAGCUGUUUAAAAAAAAACUUGAAGUAUUAAUUCUUCAGGCAAUUGUUAUUUGUAAUAAACUUGUAAAGCAGUUACACAACCUUCUGGUUAUGUAUGGGAUUGUAUCAUAUUCUUUUUAUAUUUUUCCAUGUAGUUUAUUCUGUCAUAGAAUUAUAUAUAAUUGUGUCUGUACAACAGGUGGCUGUGUCACUGAAACCGUAUGAAUGAUAGUUGGUCAGUAGUGAGCCAUAUUUAUUCUUGGGGGAGGGGGGAAGAUCACUAAUUACAUAUUAUCUUGCUUUCCAUAAUUGCACUAUGGAUAUAUGUUCCCAGAUUCCCCAACAUUGUACAGAAUCAGAAUCGUAAAUUAUUCAAGGAAAAUAAAGCAGGUGGGGCUAGAGCUGUUCUCUAGUUUGAUUUCUCCUG